CAACACCUAAAGGUUUCAACACUACUAGAGGCUGUCGCUACACUUGUCAAGUUUGUUUGUGUCAGCAGCUGUAGGAGGCACAGGUCCAUCCAGUACACUGUCACGACUAGAUGUGUGUGUGUGUAAUAUUUGAAGAUCCACCCAACAAACUUUGCAUUUGAGUGUAAGAAACCAAGAUUUUGAGGGGCUCAAAAUGCUUUCAGCCUGGAACAGGUUAACAGGACGGGGAGCUGAUGGCCCUGUUAAUCCCACCUCACCCCCUGGGAUGCAGGCCAUGGCAGCAUCUUUACAAAGGCGCUUUGCUCGUGGUGUUCAAUACAAUAUGAAAAUAGUAAUUAGAGGGGACCGAAAUGUUGGGAAGACCUGUCUCUUUAAACGCCUUCAGGGCCAACCAUUCCAUGAAGAGUAUACACCUACAGAAGAAAUACAGGUGGCCAGCAUACAGUGGAAUUACAAAGCAACAGAUGAUGUUGUCAAAGUUGAGGUUUGGGACAUUGUAGAUAAAGGAAAAAAAAAGAAAAAAAUUAAGGGGCUGAAACUAGAUAAUGCCAAUCUGGAAUUUGAAGAGCCAGCUUUGGAUGCUGAGUUUCUUGAUGUGUAUAAAGGGACUAAUGGUGUUAUACUCAUGCUGGAUAUGACAAAGAACUGGACUUUUGAAUAUGUACGUCGGGAGAUUGUAAACGUCCCAGCACACAUUCCAGUGCUGGUGCUUGCUAAUCAUCGUGACAUGGGCCACCACCGGGUUGUUUCGGAGGAUGAUGUUCGAUUCUUUAUUGAAGCUUUGGAAAGGCCAGAAGGUGCAGCUGAUAUUCGUUACACAGAAUCUUCCAUGCGCAAUGGAUAUGGACUCAAGUUCUUGCACAGAUUUUUUAAUCUACCGUUUCUACAACUGCAGAGAGUAACUCUUUUGCAGCAAUUGGAAACCAACACAGCAGAGAUUGACGCCACUAUUCAAGAACUUGAUCUCUAUCAAGAGAGUGAGGAUGCUGAUUAUGACAUCUUCUUGAGUCAGCUGACUGACCGUAGGAGGGUAACAGCCGAGUUAUUGGGCCCUGUGGCCCAGGUUUCAGCUCCAACAAGCACAACUGCAGUUCCUCAGUCACAUUCUAUUAACAAUGUUGCAGCUGCUGCAAACAUCAACUCCUCUGUUGAUGGGGUCUCAAAGUCCAUAUCUGUGCCUGUGAGUUUGUCAUCAGCAGUAUCAAGCACACACUCCAGCCCUCAUCCAGCUGAGCGUCCUUCACCCAAUGUGUCUGCCACUAACACACAAACUGCCAAAGCUCCUACCAUCUUGAACACAUUAGCAACUGGAGUUAGUGUGAACACCAACAGUGGCAGCAGCAACAACAGCACCAAUAAUAGUCCUUCCACUGGUACUCGUGCACAAAACACAUUCACUCAGAGCCCAGAAAAAUCUCAAGACAAGACCAGCUUUAUGUCUCGCAUUUUCAGUAAAGUUAAAGAACCAGAGCAAGCAAAGGAGGCAUUGUUAGAAGAAAUAGCUCCUUCAUCGGAUCCAGUAUCAGUGGAUGACUUUGUGCCAGAUGGUGGCCGACUAGAUCAAUCUUUCCUUAAUGAUGUAGCCUCAGCCCCAAGUAAGGAACCAACGCCACCACCCGUGGAGGAUGACAGUGAAGAUGAAUUUGAUGGAAAUCCAAUGGUGUCAGGCUUCCAAGUUGAUCUUGAUCCAGCUGAUCUUCAACUUGGGUCAAAUGUGGAAAUUAUUGCUGAUGAAAUGGAAGAACCAGAGGAUGAGAGAAAGGAAGAGCAGAAUGCAAAAGUAUCAGUUGUUACCUGUGAUAUUUCCGAGUUAGAAUUUGAUAAUCUAUAUAGUAGUGAAGAUGUCUUAAGAACUAGUAAAAAGGAUAUGAAAAGUAAAAAGAAAAGGAAUAUGACUGACAGUGAAAAGCAAGAGUCUCAAGAAGUUUUGGUGGGUAUGUCAGCUCUUGAUAUUCAAGAUACAAAGUCAGUAAGCUUACAGCCAAAUAUAGGAACAAAUACUAUUGUUGGUUUUAGAGACUGUGAGAAAGAUGACAAGGGUGAAGAAGAAGAGAAGAGUGACAAGCUUGAUGAUUGGCUCAACUCUAAUGAAGGGACUAUAGUUAACCCUUAUGUUUCCACUGCAAGUGUCAUGCCUGAUGAUCUUGAUUUGGAUGGCUCUGAUGCUGAAGAUGGCUCUACAGUAGAAGCUAGCAGAGUAGAAAAAAUAAGUCAUCACAGUUGCAGCACAUCAAGAAGUGAUAGUCCUUCAGAACUGUCAGAACGGAAGAAGAGACAAAAAAAAAAGGAUAAAGUGAAGAAAGAGAAGGAUGAUGACAAAUCAGUCAAAAAGCACAAGAAGAAAAGCAAAGAUAAGGACAAGGAGAAAGACAAAGAGGGGGAAAGGAAGAAAAAGAAGAAGAAGAGAGAUAAGGAUAAAGAUGAUCUAGAAGAAUUCUUCAGUGGAUCACCAGAAAAGGAAUUUGAUGAGGCUUACGAAGCUAUUUAAUCCUGCCAUUUCCCAUUUACAGUAUAUGUCCAAAAGAAUGUUGUGCAGUAUGAAACUUUCCCAUGUAUUUGAUGCCCUAGUACACUAAUGUAGAAUUGGAUUGAGGUAUUGAAAGAUAUUUUAUAAUUAUAUUGUAAUAAGAUCAUUAGAAACUCACUGUACGAAAAUUUUUAAACCAUA